GCUGGCCUGUCAUCGGCCUGGGUGUGGUCUUCAGGAGUACCGUUAGCAGGAAACCGAGCUGGAGCCAUUUCACUUUAAGGCGAAACAAAGAAAGUCAAGCGAAAAAGUAACCUUUGGUGUCCUCGCGACGGGAAGAGCGGUUUGUUUUGAUGGGAGAAAGUUUCCUGCUGGUCUCGCUAGCUGGUCGUCUGAUUUAAUAACUUUUUUUUGUUAAAUAAACGCUGAACCAAGGAGAGAGGAAAGAUGCCGAAGACGAUAAGUGUAAGAGUCACCACGAUGGAUGCUGAACUGGAAUUCGCCAUUCAGCCAAAUACAACAGGAAAGCAGCUCUUUGACCAGGUGGUUAAGACCAUCGGGCUGAGAGAGGUUUGGUACUUUGGACUCCAAUACCAGGAUACAAAGGGUUUCUCCACAUGGCUCAAGCUCAACAAGAAGGUGACAGCCCAGGAUGUGAGGAAGGAAAGCCCACUGCUGUUUAAGUUCCGCGCCAAGUUCUUCCCGGAGGAUGUGACCGAGGAGUUAAUCCAGGACGCCACGCAGCGGCUGUUCUUCCUGCAGGUGAAGGAGGGCAUCUUAAAUGACGACAUCUACUGCCCUCCAGAGACUGCGGUCCUCCUGGCCUCCUACGCGGUGCAGGCCAAGUAUGCCGACUACAACAAGGAAGUCAACACGCCCGGCUAUCUGUCCGGUGAACAGCUGCUCCCUCAGAGAGUUCUGGACCAGCACAAACUCAACAAGGACCAGUGGGAGGAGAGGAUCCAAGUGUGGCACGAAGAACACAAGAGCAUGAUGAGAGAGGAGUCAAUGAUGGAGUAUUUGAAGAUCGCUCAAGAUCUGGAGAUGUACGGAGUCAAUUACUUCAACAUCAAGAACAAGAAAGGAACAGAGCUGUUUUUGGGAGUGGACGCUCUGGGGCUCAACAUCUAUGAACAAAAUGACAAAAUGACUCCCAAAAUUGGAUUUCCUUGGAGUGAAAUCCGGAACAUUUCCUUUAAUGACAAGAAGUUUGUCAUUAAGCCAAUUGACAAAAAAGCCCCCGACUUUGUGUUCUACGCUCCGAGACUGCGCAUCAACAAGCGUAUUCUGGCUCUGUGCAUGGGUAACCACGAGCUGUACAUCCGCCGCCGCAAACCAGACACCAUCGAAGUGCAGCAGAUGAAGGCUCAGGCUCGGGAGGAGAAGAAUCACAAGAAGAUGGAGAGAGCUCUGCUGGAGAACGAAAAGAGGAAAAGAGAAGUUGCAGAAAAGGAGAAGGAGAAGAUUGAAAAAGAAAAGGAAGAACUAAUGGAGAGGUUAAAGCAGAUCGAGGAGCAAACGAAAAAAGCCCAACAGGAGCUGGAGGAGCAGACGCAGAGGGCCCUGGAAUUGGAGCUGGAGAGGAAGAGAGCUCAGGAGGAGGCUGAGCGUUUGGAGGCUGACCUGAAGGGCGCUGAGGACGCCAAGCAGGCGCUGCUGCAGCAGUCAGAGAGCCAGAUGAAGAACCAAGAACACCUGGCGACCGAGUUGGCUGAUUUGACUUCCAAGAUUUCCCUUCUGGAGGAUGCCAAGAAGAAGAAGGAAGAGGAAGCCGUGCAGUGGCAAGAGAAGGCCACCACGGUGCAGGAGGACCUGGAGAAGACCAAAGAGGAGCUCCGCAACAAGGUGAUGGUCGCUCACGUCCAGGAGCCGCUCAACGAGCAUGAUGAGAACGACGAGAGCAGCGCCGAGGCCAGCGCCGAGUUUGCGUCGGACGUCACGUUCAAGGACCGCAGCGAGGAGGAGCGCAUGACCGAGGCGGAGAAGAACGAGCGCCUGCAGAAACAUCUACUCGCUUUGAGCUCAGAGUUGGCUAACGCUCGGGACGAGAGCAAGAAAACGGUGAAUGACAUGAUCCAUGCGGAGAACAUGAAGGCGGGACGAGAUAAGUACAAGACCCUGAGACAGAUCCGCUCAGGAAACACCAAACAGCGCAUUGACGAGUUCGAGUGCAUGUGAUGUCUGCACGAUGCAAAAAAGAGAGGAAAAGGAAAAGCCCACACAGCUGUGCCUCUCUCCCUGGACUGCAGUCCUGCCUCACACAAGCUGUCUCCUCUGCUCCCAAACAAAUCAGAUCCACAACAUGGUUGCACAAGCGCAGCGAGAUGUACAAAUAAGGAUCUGGAAAAACUCCAUUUCUUACCAUUCCUAACUUUGAAUUUAGGCAAGUUACUGGUUGAAAAGGGACUGACUGUAUUUUAUUAGUUUCAUUCCUCAUGGGGGCUUUGUGUAGCAUAUUAGUAUACAGUAAACAUUGAGUAAGCAUUUUUAAUUUCUUUAUAUAUUUCUGUCAUGUUCUUGCAUCAUGAUUUCCAAAUAAAAGACUCCGACCUAUUCAAAUUUCCCAUUGAAGACUGGGCCUGCAGACAUAUUUCUGCUGUUCACAUGCAACGGUUCUUCUCAGCGAUCUGGACGUUAAUAUUUGUCCCAUUGUUGGACCAAAUUUUCCGUCAUCUGUCCAUGAAGAGCAUUUACAGAGCAGUAUUACUUUUUUUUGCAAAGUCAAUUUUAGUUUAGGUUGAGUGUAUUCCGAAUCUACCUACUGUUAGAAAUCACACAGUAUUUACGCCCCACUCUGCAAUAUUAAAGAUACAUUUCAUUUUUUUUGUCUUGAUUUUUACAUUUCUGAAAGCUUUCAACUCAGUUUUCCUUUCAAGGCUUUAGUGUCAAUGUUGUUGUGUCAUUCAGUGCCAUCAUCUAGUCAAUUCAGCAUUCAAUAAAUAAAAGAAACUUGAUAUUUGAAGUUUUUUACUGUUCCCUUUAACAGUUAGUGUUGUUCCUCUGCUUUUUACGAUUCUGCUUGUUUGCAAUGAGGCGUUUGGAUAAUGAAAGUAUAUACAUUUUUGCAUUGAUAUAAUCAGUUCAGCUUAUGGAAUCACACUGUAGUUGUCACACCACAGGGCAAAAGUUGCAGUUUGAACAAACUUUUUCACUCAUUUGUUUUAUUCACAGAUGAGAACUUUCCUUCUACAAAAUCUUCAUAGGAUUUAAUGUGCGUAAUAGAAUAUUUUCCUUAAACAUGCACUGGAAAACCAUAGUUUACCUUAUCACAAUGAGUCAAGACCGACUCCAAUGCAUGCGUUUGGAUAACUGUAUUUAAUUUUGAGUAUUUUGUGAUUUGGAUUUUUUAGAAGUGUUGGAACAAUGUAAGGUGGGAAAACUGACACCACUGAGGAUAUUUUUGUACUAUAAACUCCAGAAGUAACAGUUUUUUUUUCAGAACAAACCUAAUUUAAAAAGAGUAUUUUGGUGUUAACUGAUAGGCCGGCUCAGUGCUGUGAUAGUGAGCUGAUGGAACAAGCAACACCCCAAAGCCACGGAUUGAAUAAAAAAAGCUGAACGUGACAAAGUUCUGUUGCAUGCAGGCAAAUUACCGUUAAAUUACAUUUAACUCAAGCCAAAACAACUUCCUUGUGCCAUCUUUUCUAUUUGACAUUUUGUGAUCCAGGCAUGUGAAGGGUUUUGCUUGUCCUCAGAUUGUUAGACAUGAGGGUUUGAAAACUUUAUUGAUGCUAUUUAGCAAAUUUCGAUUUUUUAAAUUGUAUUUAGUUUUUUCUCUCAUUGAAUGAACCUUAGUCAUUUGUACCUAGAUGCAUUUUGAUAUCCAGUAUUCUCGCCCAUUGCUGCGUCAACUUAUUUUACCAUGGAAUGUACAAAUGCGUUGUUGCUAUUUUGGAUACCUUUUCAUGCCUUUGACAAUAACUUAUAUUUCUUAUAAUGCUGCACUGUACUGUAUGUUCUACCUGAAGCACCGUGAGUUGACAGCCUUUUCUAAAGAAUAGAGUGUCAUUCGAAUCCCUCAGCGUUUCGUGACAAAGAAAUGUAAUAAACGUUGCCGUUCAAUAUUUAGUCUUGAAUCAAAAAGGGUUGAAGCGUGAUAUUGUAAAUUGACAGACAGUGCCUUCCCCAGAUUCCCCAUCAGAUGUCGCUGCUUCAAGUCCUUCUUUCACCAAUGAAUAAAAGUCAAAUUAAACUUAUUUGUUUUCCUGACUACAUCCUUGCUAUCUACAACUAGCAUUGUAAUUGAAAACCCCUUAAAUCAGUCGUGUCCCAUGAGCAGCGUUAUACUCCACAUUGCUUUAAAUGCAUCAUCCAUUCAUUUGAGCUUUCUCUUGGGUUUAGGUUUUAAAUGCAUAAAUGAACCACAUUCAUUUGUUUAUUGCAAGGCUUUUUUCUAUUUUAACAAAAUAAAACCAAAAGUUGUUUUCACUAAA